CAGACAAGUGAAUUCGUGAUCUAUUCAAGUGAUGUAUCCAGACAAGUGAAUUCUUAUUCCGACAAUAUAUUGGUUUUUUUUUCACCAAGCCCUCCAUCGAAACAGACUGCAAGUCGCUUGCCCCUAACUUGGAACUCACAAAGCGUAGAAUGGCUUUCUGAAGAGAUGAUCAAUCAAAGCAUCAUCAUCAUCCCAAGUUUCACACACAAAACGCUUGUCUUACAGCUCUCCUAUUAAACCCUAGAAAAUUCUUCUCUCUCUCUCUCUUUAAAACCUAGUUUCCAAGGUAAGAAGACCUGUGUGUUAAUGGCGGUCUCCGAGGAAGAAUCUUCGUCUGCCAAGUCUCGAUCGGGCUCAAAUGGCGUCCACUAUCUCGCCAAAUGCGUCCUCAGAGGGAGCGUUGUUCUUCAGGUUGUCCAAGGCCACAUUCGCUCUCCUUCCUCCAACGAUGUUGUCUUCGGCAAGUGGAGUUGAUCGUUGAUCAGGCUUCAUUAGCCUUUAUUAUGCUGCAUUUGCUGGCCGGGAUAUGGUCAGAAAUUAAAAGAAAAAAAAAAGGAGAAAAAAAAAUUGAAAAUUUUGAAUCUCACUAUGUGCCAAUAAAUGAGGAGACAUCCAUAGAAUUGGUUAUAAUCGAUGAUGAUGGAAUUGCACAAUCCAUCUGUGAGCAGCCUGUAUUUGGCACAAUAAAAGAUCUCAUCAUUCUACCAUGGAAUGAGAAGUUCCAUGCAAGAAGCCCACAGAUGAUGGGGAAAGAUCUUCUGGUUGUUAUUUCUGAUUCGGGAAAGCUCUCGUUCCUCACAUUUUCUAAUGAAAUGCACAGGUUUUUCCCAUUGACACACGUUCAACUUUCUGCUCAUGGCAACUCAAGGCAUCAAGUUGGAAGGAUGCUGGCUGUUGAUUCUACUGGCUGCUUCAUUGCUGCUAGUGCAUUUGAGGAUCGAUUGGCUAUGUUCUCAGUUUCAAUGUCUGCUGGCAGUGAUAUCAUUGAUAAGAGAAUAUUUUAUCCUUCUGAUAAUGAAGGAGACUCAAGUACUGCCAGAGGUCUCACCAGUAUUUCUGGUACUAUAUGGAGCAUGUGCUUUAUUUCUAGAGAUUUUCGUCACGCAAGUAAGGAGCACUACCCUGUAUUAGCCAUUCUACUGAAUAGGAGGGGUUCUUUCCUGAAUGAGCUUUUGUUAUUGGAAUGGAAUACUAGGGAACAUGCUGUUGAUAUGAUUUCUCAGUAUGAAGAUGCUGGAUCUCUAGCACAUAAUGUGGUUGAAGUUCCUCAUUCUUAUGGAUUUGCCAUUUUGUUCAGGGUUGGUGAUGCUCUCUUAAUGGAUCUCAGGGAUACUCACAACCCUUGUUGUGUCUAUAGAAUGAGCUUUAGUGUUUUACCUACUGCAGUGGAGGAGCAGAAUUUUGUUGAAGAAUCAUGUAGAGUACAUGAUCCUGAUGAAAUAUUUAAUGUUGCUGCCUCUGCUUUACUGGAGCUAAGUGACAUGGUUAAAGAUGAUGAUCCCAUGAGUAUAGAUGGAGAUUGUCGCAAUGUCAAAUCAACCUUGAAACGUGUGUGCUCAUGGAGCUGGGAACCAGGAAAUGGAAAAAAUCCAAGGAUGAUAUUUUGUGUAGAUAGUGGAGAACUUUUUAUGAUUGAAAUUUCUUCUCAUUCUGAUGGCCCUAGAAUUGAUCCAUCUGAAUGUCUCUACAAAAGUUUGCCAUGCAAAGCACUCUUGUGGGUUGAAGGUGGAUUUUUGGCUGCGCUUGUUGAGAUGGGAGAUGGGAUGGUCUUGAAGUUGGAAGAUGGAAGGCUGUUUUACAGAAGUCCUAUUCAAAACAUUGCACCAAUCUUAGAUAUGUCAGUCAUGGAUUACCAUGAUGAGAAGCAUGAUCAAAUGUUUGCCUGCUGUGGGAUGGCACCAGAGGGAUCUUUGAGGAUUAUUCGAAGUGGCAUCAGUGUAGAAAAGCUUUUGAGAACUGCCCCUAUUUAUCAGGGCAUAACUGGUACCUGGACAGUAAAAAUGAAAGUAAUUGAUUCUUAUCAUUCUUUCCUAGUGCUAUCAUUUGUUGAACAAACAAGGGUGCUGUCAGUUGGCUUAAGCUUUACAGACGUGACCGAUACAGUUGGUUUCCAGCCUGAUGUCUGUACCUUGGCAUGUGGCCUUGUGAGUGAUGGUGUGCUGGUCCAGGUAUACCAAAAUGCAGUUAGACUUUGUUUUCCUACUACUGCCGCCCACCCUGAAGGUAUUCUUUCAUCGUCUCCAAUUUGUACACUCUGGUCACCUGAUAAUAUCAGUUUCAGUCUGGGGGCAGUUGGACAUAAUUUGAUACUUGUUACUACUUCCAGUCCAAGCUUCUUAUUUGUUCUUGGGGUCAGAUAUCUAUCAGUGUGUCACUGUGAAGUAUUUGAGAUGCAUCGUGUGAGAUUGCAGAAUGAAUUGUCCUGCAUAUCUAUCCCUCAGAGGCAUUUUGAGCAGAAACCAUCAACGUCUCGUGGUAAUAUGGUGCCUAAGAGUCUUGUAGAUACCCUUCCGGAUGGAGUUGACAUUGGUAAUACCUUUGUUAUCGGUACACAUAAGCCUUCAGUGGAAAUUUUGUCUUUUGCAACUGAUAAAGGUCUAAGAGUUCUAGCUGUGGGGACCAUUUCUUUAACAAACACUACAGGAACUGCUAUUAGUGGCUGUGUCCCUCAAGAUGUAAGGCUCGUAUUUGUUGAUCGACUUUAUAUUCUUUCAGGAUUGAGGAAUGGAAUGUUACUUCGAUUUGAGUGGCCUGCUGCCUCCACAAUGUCCUCAUUAGUGUCGUCCAGUCAGCGGAGUUGUGGCAGUUCCUGUUUGGUAAACUUGGAUGCUUCCUCAUUAAAAGAUACAGGGCCCCAAAUUUGUGCUUUUGAUUUAUUUGAGAAGUAUAAGGACAAUUCUGUGCCUCUACAGUUAGUUGCAAUACGCCGCAUUGGCAUUACUCCUGCUUUCCUGAUUCCAUUGAGUGAUUCUCUUGAUGCUGACAUAAUCGCUCUGAGUGAUAGGCCUUGGUUAUUGCAAACUGCUAGGCAUAGCCUUUCAUAUACAUCCAUGUCCUUUCAACCUUCAACACAUGUAACUCCUGUUUGUUCAGUUGAAUGCCCCAAAGGAAUUUUGUUUGUUGCAGAGAGCAGUCUUCAUUUGGUGGAAAUGGUGCACACCAAGAGGCUUAAUGUGCAGAAGUUCCAUCUCGGAGGAACACCUCGGAAGGUUUUAUAUCAUAGUGAAAGUAGGUUGUUGCUUGUAAUGAGGACUGAAUUGGGCCGUGAUUCAUAUUUAUCUGAUAUAUGCUGUGUAGAUCCGCUCAGUGGGUCAGUUUUAUCAUCUUUUAGACUUGAUCCUGGGGAAACAGGAAAGUCCAUGGAGUUGGUGAGGGUUGGAAAUGAACAAGUUUUGGUGAUUGGAACUAGUCUGUCUGCUGGUGCAGUUAUGAUGCCCAGUGGUGAAGCUGAAAGCAGUACUAGGGGCCGUUUGAUUGUCCUCUGCCUUGAACAUGUGCAAAACUCAGAUUGUGCUUCUAUGACAUUUUGUCAAAAGGCUGGUUCAUCUUCUCAACGAACUUCUCCUUUUCGUGAAAUUGUUGGGUAUGCUGCUGAACAGUUAUCAAGCAGUAGUCUUUGCAGCAGCCCAGAUGAUACUAGUUGUGAUGGAAUCAAGCUUGAAGAAACUGAAGCAUGGCAUCUGAGGUUAGCUUAUUCGACCACAUGGCUUGGAAUGGUACUUGCUGUCUGCCCUUACCUUGAUCGUUAUUUCUUGGCAUCCGCUGGUAAUGCUUUUUAUGUUUGUGGUUUUCCAAAUGAUAAUUCCCAAAGGGUGAGAAGAUUGGCUGUAGGAAAGACACGCUUUAUGAUAAUGACUUUGACUGCUCACUUUACUAGAAUUGCUGUUGGUGAUUGCCGUGAUGGCAUCCUUUUCUAUACCUAUCAUGAGGAUGCCAGGAAACUGGAGCAACUUUACUGUGAUCCUGUUCAGAGGUUGGUAGCUGACUGUAUUCUUAUGGAUGUUGAUACCGCUGUUGUUUCAGAUCGUAAGGGGAGUUUCACUGUCUUGUCAUGUUCAAAUCAGUCAGAAGAUACUAUUAAUUUUGUUGAUUUACAAGAAGUACAUGUUGCAGAUAAUGCAAGUCCAGAACGCAACUUAACACGGAGUUGUUCAUUCUAUAUAGGUGAGAUAGCCAUGAGCAUCAGGAAGGGUUCAUUUUCUUACAAGCUUCCAGCCGAUGACAUACUGAAGGGUUGUGAUGUUGCUAAUACAAUUAUUGAUUUGUCGCAUAAUAGUGUUAUGGCCAGUACACUAAUAGGAAGCAUAAUUGUCUUCAUUCCUAUAUCAAGGGAAGAACAUGAACUUUUAGAAGCUGUGCAAGCUAGACUGGCGGUUCAUCCACUGACUGCGCCUAUUCUUGGAAAUGAUCAUAAUGAGUUUCGCAGCCGUGAAAGUUCGGCUGGAGUACCAAAGAUACUUGACGGUGAUAUGCUUGCUCAGUUCUUGGAGCUUACAAAUAUGCAACAAGAGGCUGUACUGGCAUUACCACUUGGCUCACCAGAUAGGGUUAUGUUUAAUUCAAAGCCCUCUUCACCUGUGCCAAUUACUGUUAACCAGGUCGUGCGGCUUCUUGAACGAGUUCAUUAUGCCCUAAAUUGAAUCUCCUCUCUGUGGUUUGUUUCCAUUCUCUUCCUUCUGAUUCUCUAUGAAUGGUUGGUUUUCAUGCACUUCCUCCAAGAGCAAAUCAAGUGAAGCAUUUAAAUACCAAAUGGAGAGGAACACACAGAGACAUGUAUAUCUUCACUCGGUUCCUAUUUUCCAAUGAUAUGAUGAAGUAAUGUGCUUAUACAAGAAAGAUAUGCACCUCAAAUCAGUUUCUUACACUAUGUACGUACAGACAGACAGUUUGUGUGGUUGCAUAAGAUGAUGAUGAUGACUCCUUCAAAACCUCUCUCAGAUCUAACCAGUGAUUGGGCGGAGACCAUAUAAAGAUAAGAUUGUAUUUUGCUGGGAUGACAAACUGCUAACUGGAGAAAAGUAAAUCAAUAUAUGUAUAAAUCAUGACUUGAGUUGAGUUGCUGCCCUCACCCAUAUAGUUGAUGGAUGCUUUUACUUAAAAAAAAGUUGUGGUUGAACGUUGUAUUUUGUUCUCUGUGGGGAGUGGGGAUUCCGCUUUCAGUUUUUGAAGGAAGGUUGGUUGGUUGGUUGGUUGGAACUUAGUCAAACUGAAACUUUUGGGUCCUCCUCCUCUUCUGGAUAGAGGAUAGGAUAGGACGAGUUAAAAAGUGUGCUAGUUCGUUCUUGGUAUAUCUAUUUACUAGAGAUGACCCGUGCCUAAAGGUACUUGCCACAUUGACAUACUGAAAAUAUGUAUCAUGUUGAAAUUCUAUUGGGUACAAUUUUGGGGCAAGAAUGUGUUGCAAGAAACUUUGAAAGAAUUUUAUGUUUUCUAAAGAUUUUCGGAGUUUGUAGCAUUUCUGGAUAAAGAGCUUAAAUGUCGUAUAGAAUUCCUAGUAAUGCUACAGACCAAAAACUGUUCACAAAUAAAUACUAAAAACAAAUGUAUGAUUUACAUUAGUAUAAUUUACUUUCAUUUUUAGUGUGGGUUCAACAAUACAAUUAUUAAACCA